AUGACGAACCGGGCUGACCCGUAUCCCAGAAAGAAGGUUGCCAUUGUCGGCAGUGGCUGCGCUGGAAUCGCGGCCCUGUGGGCACUGAACCGCAGCCCUCACGAUGUUUACAUGUAUGAGGCCAGUGGGCGCCUGGGUGGGCACACCCAAACGGUGGAGUUCACAAACGGGAAAUACAAAACGAUGGUCGACACUGGCUUCAUCGUCAUGAACUCGGCGACGUACCCAAACUUUCUCAAUUUCCUCAAGAGGAUUGGUGUCAAGACGGACCCCACUGAGAUGAGCUUCUCCGUAUCGAGGGAUCAAGGUCGCUUUGAGUGGGCAGGCUCGAGCUUAGAUGCCCUGUUCUGCCAGCGCGAGAACUUCCUCUCGCCGAGAAUGUGGCGCAUGCUUUUCGACAUUUUCCGGUUCAAUCAGUUUGCCCUGGAUGUUUUGAAGGCGAAGGAGCCGACCGAGGAGACGAUUGGGGAGUACCUGGACCGGGAAGGCUAUUCGAAUGCGUUCCGUGACAACUACCUCAUCCCCAUGGCGGCCGCUGUCUGGAGCACAAGCCCGGACAAGUGUGCGCUCGACUUCCCGGCAGUAACACUAGUCCGUUUCCUUUGGAACCAUCACCUGCUUUCGACCUUUGCCGCCCGGCCCGAGUGGCUGACCAUUUCCGCGGGGGCUAAGACGUACGUCGACAAGGUCAUGAGGGGCUUCCCCCCGAACCACCUGCGGCUCAACACGACUGUGACGGCACUUACCAACGAGGCCGACGGGCGUGUGCGGCUGCAUACCGAGGGCGGCAAUUCCGAGGUGUUCGACCACGUCAUCCUGGCAACCCAUGGCGACCAGGCGUACUCCAUCAUCCGCGACUCGGCAACCGAGGAAGAGAGGUCCAUUCUGAGCAACUUCCGCACCUCGCAGAACGUGGCGGUCCUGCAUUCAGACACCUCCCUGAUGCCCAAGUCGAAGAACGCCUGGUCAAGCUGGAACUACCUGACCAAGUCGGCAUCACCCAGCGGCAAGGGCAACAUCAACCAGGUGUGCCUGACGUACAACAUGAACAGGCUGCAGCACAUCCCGCGCGACGCGUUCGGCAACGUCCUGGUGACGCUCAACCCGCUCCACGAGCCGGACCCGAAGACGGUCCAGGGGUGGUACAGCUACCGGCACGCCCUCUACAACCCGGGCACCGUCCGCGCGCAGCAGCACCUCGACACGAUCCAGAACACGCGCGGCAUCAGCUACGCCGGCGCGUGGACCAAGUACGGCUUCCACGAGGACGGCUUCAGCAGCGGGCUGCGCGUGGCGGUCGAGCACCUCGGCGCGACCAUCCCGUUCGAGUUCAAGGACUCGACCUGCAGCCGCGGGGAGAAGCCCAGGCUGACGCUCGUGGACUAUCUUCUCAGGUUGCUGAUCGCACUUGUGCAGAUGUUUAUCAUCGAGAUCUUGGAUGGGAUAUUGAAUGUGGCAAGCAGGGCGACGACGACUCGGAGGUUGGCGUCGAGGGUCGGUAGCUCGGGGGGGAUCAACGGUCGGCUGCAUGAGAAGGAGCAUUAA